GANGGCUGACCGAUGGGUGAAGGUAGAAGAGGUGGAUCCAACAGGUCCCAGAGCUUAUCAUGGCACAGCCGUUGUUGGCUUCCAUAUAUACGUGAUAGGAGGAUUUGAUGGAAUGGACUAUUUCAAUUCUUGCAGAUGUUUUGAUGCAGUCAACAAAGUGUGGAAAGAAGUAGCGCCGAUGCACGCCAGAAGGUGUUACGUCAGUACCGCAGUUUUAGAAAACCUGAUUUUCGCAAUGGGAGGAUAUGAUGGACACCAUAGGCAAAACACAGCUGAAAAAUAUAAUCACUUGAAUAAUCAAUGGUCGUUGAUAGCUCCAAUGAACAUGCAAAGAUCAGAUGCGAGUGCAUGCAAUUUGAACGGUAAGAUCUACAUUACCGGUGGUUUCAAUGGACAGGAAUGUAUGCAUUCGGCAGAGGUCUACGAUCCAGAGUUCAACCAGUGGUCCUUAAUUAGUCCAAUGCGGUCUAGAAGAUCGGGAGUUUCGUGUAUUGCCUAUCAUGGCCAGGUAUAUGUCAUUGGUGGUUUCAAUGGUAUAUCUAGAAUGUGCAGUGGAGAGAAGUUCAACCCUCAAACGAACACAUGGGUACCUAUUCCGGAUAUGUACAACCCAAGAAGUAACUUUGCUAUUGAAGUCAUUGAUGAUAUGAUUUUUGCGAUUGGAGGAUUCAAUGGAGUUACGACGAUAUAUCAUGUUGAGUGCUAUGAUGAGAAAACUAACGAAUGGUACGAGGCAACAGAUAUGAAUAUUUACCGUUCUGCCCUAUCUGCAUGUGUCAUAGAUGGCUUACCAAAUGUCCAAGAUUACAUACAUAAACACAGAUUUUAG